AUGAGCGACUUGCGCAACAGCCAUGCCCAAGGAGUUCAGGAUGGUUACAACGUAGGGGAUAGGCGUCAGGCGCCACAGCCACACCGCCCGGCUGAAGCGCGCAGCGCUUUCUUUGAUGCACGCCUAAUUGGUAACCGUUACAGGUUCGUGUCAAUCAUCGGAGAAGGUGCUUAUGGGGUUGUGUGCUCAGCGAUUGAUAUACAGACAGGGGAAAAAGUGGCUGUGAAACGAAUUCGCCGCGUUUUCGACGAGAUUCCCGAAGCUGUACGCAUCCUGCGGGAGCUUCGGUUCCUGCGCCUCCUGCGUUCCCACGAAAACAUCAUUAGCAUCCGCGAGAUUCUUGCACCUUCGGAGCGUGACUCGUUUGAUGACGUGUUCGUGGUUUUCGAGUUGAUGCCAGCGGACUUGAAUCGAGUCCUGAGGGCACCCAUUCCGUUAUCGCAGGAUCAUAUCCGAUGGCUCAUGUAUCAACUAUUGCAAGCGCUUCAUUACAUGCACAGCUGCAACGUGCUUCAUCGCGAUAUAAAACCGAACAACAUCAUGAUUAAUGAGUUGUGUGAUUUAAGGGUGAUCGACUUUGGGCUCGCCCGACUAGCCUACAACCAACAAGAAGAUAUGGCGUGCUGGACGGAUUAUGUGGCGACGCGAUGGUAUCGUGCACCAGAGCUGAUCAUGAGUUAUUCGUCAAAGUACUCAGCGGCGAUCGAUAUCUGGUCUGCGGGAUGCAUUUUCGCCGAACUUUUGAAUCGCGGAAAACCCCUGUUCCCCGGUAUGAAUAGCUUUGAGCAAUUGGAGCUGAUUGUGAAGCUGCUCGGUACCCCGGAUGAGGAGUCGAUUGCGAAGGUGCGGAAUCAGCGCGUAAGACAACAUCUGCGCUCGCUGCCGCCGCGACCGCCGAAACCCUUGGAUACAGUGUUCCCAGACGCGCCCCCGGAUGCAUUGGACCUGCUUCGAAACCUGCUUCAGUUUGAUCCGAACAAGCGCCUAACAGCCCUGGAAGCACUCCAGCAUGUUUAUUUUAGAGGCCUCUAUACUCCGGAAUCCAUUGUAUCUGGUAGCCCAUUGCCGCCCGAGGAAUUCUUCUUCGAACGCGAGCAGCUCACUGCAUCACAGAUGCGGCAGCUUUUCUGGGAGGAAAUCCUGCACUACCAUCCAGAUUUACGCGAGACGAUGCUACGAGGCCAUGCGGGAGGAUACGAGAUCCCCAGUGAGGCGGAUCGCUUCCGCGCGGCAUUAACGAGUCAACAGCGGGACGGAAUACCGUACGAGCGAGCGUAUGCGAGCAUGCCCAAGGAAAAACUGGCGACAAUGUGGAAUCAGGUCGAGGGCAUGGCUCGAGACAGGCCCGAAGAUGCGCCUGCAAUCCGACUGAAACCGACGAUCGUCGGUAAUGCCGUAGAAUCCACCUAUCAUACGCCGUGUGUCGCAGAGCAUACCAAAGCGGCCGGAGCAGAUGACCAACGAGCACACGUUGCCGCAGCCGCUGUGACUGCCACGGGUCCGCUCUCUCAAAUCGUUCAUCCGCAAUUGCUUCGAAAUGCCAGUAUUCCAAACAUGAUCGACGUUGAUGAUGACGAUGCGAGUGCCCCGUUGCAAAGUCGGAUUCCUAACACAGGAAAUACCUCCGACACCGACACCGGCGACGACAGUACCGUUAUGAUGGAGGCGCAAGAAAGCUUCGGGGAGUCUUUUCGGGAGCUCUGA